AUGGAUGAAAGAGAUGAAGGCACAAAUGAAUUUUCAUCUGACUUGUUUAAUACAAGUAAUAUUGAUAACCUUGUUCUUUUUCAAAAUGUGAAUGAACCCCAUAGCUCAAGCAACAAUGAUUGGUCAAAAAUUACAGAACAAGAAUCAUAUAGCUUGUGGUUAUUGUUAAGUGAAUGGAGAUUGAGCUAUUUGUAUAAAACAUGCAUUGAUUCGAUGAUUGACUUAGAAUGUUUGAGAUAUAUUACAACAGCUCAAUGUGAAAAGUUGUUGAAAAAUUAUCCUUUGGGAGUUCAAAUUAAAUUUGAACGUUAUUUAACAAAUUGGAAAAAAGACAAUCCAGUUCUAAAUGAAUUAUUGGAGCUUCAAAGUGUUGGCCAAAAUAUUUCAAACGAAAUUCCUAUAAAGAUUCCUGAAACAUCAAUAACUGUUACAAAGCCAUUAUUAAGCUUAUGCGAAAUACUUGAAAGUUCAUCACAAGGACAUUUGGUGCUUGCCAACUACAAAAAGUAUGGUUCAUUAAAUGACGCGUGUAGAUUAAUUCUUGUAGAUAUGGUAAUUAAGACAGCAAUAAAAGAAGAUGUUAUUAUGACAGUUAAAACUGCAGAACAAAUUUCUGAUCAAAUUGUUGCAGCUUUCCCAAAGGAAGUUAAGGAUUAUUACUUUAUGCGUGAAGGCAGCAAAGCUCCUAAAGGGAAGUUAUACGCAAAGUAUCAUAAUGUGGUGCGCAAUUUAAAAAACGGUGGGCUUAUAGAAUCAACAAAAAGACCUAAACCAUCAAAUGUUGAAAUGAGUAAUGUCCGUCACAUGAUUAACUUUGAUUCUGAAACUGAUAUAGAUCAAUAUUUAAAUAGUCUGAAUCAUGAUAACUGCACAUUCAAUGAAAUUGAGGUUAUUUGGAAGGCAACUGUCAAGUAUAGGCUAAAUUAUAUUAAAAACAGUCAGAGUACAACUGAGACAUUAAAACAUUGGAGCAGUUACAAACUCCCAGCUGGUUAUAAAUUAAUUGAUAUUGAUUUUAAUAUGCUCUAUCCAUCUGCAUCAAACUUAUUGACUAUUUAUCCAGAUGUAUCAUCCAAACUUAUGGAAUUGUUAAAAUUAAAAAUAAAAGAUUCACAAAGUUUAAAACUACUAGAUGAAAUUCUCGAAAAGAAUUUGUUAGAAAAUGGCCGUGAUGCUUGUAUAUUUCAUCUUUUACACGCAGUAUUUAUUCCUACUGCAAAAAAAUCCACUCGUAACGAAAAAGGCCAAAAAUCCAUAAUAAAGUUUUCAAUUAGAGAUUCACAGCAGUCAUUUAUGAUUAAUGUUGAUUCAGUUUUGCAGUUCGAAGAUAUAAUAGCUAGAAAAAAAGGUUUAGGUAUCCCAAUCCAACCAUUUAUUGUGAUAAUUGGUCAAUUGCAUGAACCAAAAGACAUAAUUGUUUACUUUGAUGAUAUUAAAUACAAAGUUUUAACCAUUCAGAGAGCAGUUGAUGUCGUUUUUAAGUUGUUCCAUACAUUCAAUUUGUUAUAUCCUGAUGAAUCUUAUAUUUUAUGGUUAUUCAUACAAAAGUUUUUUUAUAAUAUUCACAUUAAGUCAGACCAAUCACAUCCAAUUAUAAGUUUAAUUAUUUCAGAACUAAAUAAAUAA